AUGUCCGACUCGACAUCCACGCCUUCAAUCGGGCCAAAGGCCGACAGCUGCGUAUCUGCCAAACACGAUGGCUCCAUCAGGGAAGCUGCCGCCGCCAUUGACGACGAUGCCGAAGACCUCCCCACCAUUCGCCGCGCAAAGAAUCCAGCACUACCUGACCCUUUCCUCGAUGCCGCCAACCGGGCCACCAGCUCCCCCGUCUCCACAGCCUCCAGCCCGCGCUCAAUCUGGGAUUCCUCACCCUUGCGUCAGGACCUCAAGGCCGACAGCGGCAACGAAUGGCACUCGGCCCCCAGCAGCAUCUGCAGUUCGCCUUGUACUCGACCCGCCCCAAAGCCGGGCACCGAUUCCGUCUUCAAAGACAACAAAAGCGACCAGCCAGAAGAAGAUCUAGACAUCAGUCUCGAGCGGCUCGCUGAAUCGUGCCUCCAAUGCCAGCUCAAGCGUCUCCCCUGCAACAGAGGCCGACCGACCUGCUCGCGCUGCUUGCGCAUGAACCAGAAGCGCGAGCCGUGUCUUGCACAGCGCCGUUUGGCGUUCAGGGAAAUGAGGGCGGGGCUUGGGAUUGCGGGGUUUGUGGUGCCGAUCCAUGGCUGUGAACGCGAGGGAGAGGAAAAGUUGAGGGCUGUGGUGAGUUUUUUCACUUCUCGAUGGCAUGGGUUGAAGCCGUGUGCUGAUGUAGCGCAAGUUGCUUGA